GAGCCUGUCUGCUUUGGAGCCAAAGAUAACCAAUAUGGUGCCUUCAAAAUCACAAAGAGUGGAAAAUUGAAGACAAUGAAGCUUAUUCACAAGUCAGGGUCGGUGCGCUGUAACAAUUCUACAAUUUCAUCCGAAUGGGACUGCACCUGGCCAACAUAUGGAGAAAAUUUGAUGACAAUCAUCACAGAUGCCGAUAAGAAGGCCUUUCUGCCAAAUUCUGAAAACUUGCUUGCUCAUAGACGUGAAAAGGUAAAGUACUCUUACAGUCUUCCUGAAUAUCGCCAUAAUUCAACUGAGCUCGUUUUCCCCAACCUCGUCAAUCCUUUGUCUGUUUCGAGCAACAAAGAGAUGCAGGAAUGGUACGGACAGGAUUGGAGGAACUGUAAAGAGGAAGACAACAGUGACAAAACUUAUGUUGAUGUGUAUACAUGGUAUGCU